GGGUCCGAGCCCUUCUCGCUCAGCAAGCAGUCGUACGAGAGGCUGCUGCCUUACCAGCGCGAGGGCGUCGCAUGGCUGUGGGAGCUGCACCAGAGAGGAGCAGGAGGGAUCCUAGGGGACGAGAUGGGGCUGGGGAAGACCUGUCAGACCAUCACCUUCCUAGGAGGCUGCUUUGAAGGGCAGCAGGUCUCUCACGUUCUGAUCGUCUGCCCUGUCUCUGUGCUGUCCGUGUGGGAGGGAGAGUUCCGCAAGUUCUGCAAGGACGUGAGUCCCCUCCUCUUCCACGGCGCCAACACGAGGGAGAGGGACGACAAUCUCAAGUCCGUGUACAAGAGAGGGGGCGUCCUUCUCACCUCCUACGGCCUGGCCUCCUCGCAAGCGGAGAAGCUGGCGAGGGUGAAUUGGGACUACGUGGUUUGCGACGAGGGGCACAAGCUGAAAAAUCCGUCGAUCCAGACUUCGAAGAAGCUCAGGACAAUCCCAGCUGACCAUCGCCUGCUCCUCACUGGGACCCCCGUCCAGAACAACCUCGACGAGCUUUGGGCCCUGCUGGACUUUGCGGUCCCUGGCCUCCUCCCCCCCCAGCAGGAGUUCAAGGCUCACUAUUCCCGUCCUAUCGCAGACGGACAUGACAAGUCUGCGGCAGCAUCCGAGAAGCAGCUGGGGGAGAGGAGGGCGAGGGAGUUGCGGGACAUCUUCAUGCCGUAUCAGCUGGCGAGGACCAAGGCCGACGUCUUCAACAAAGACAAGAAGGUGGGAGGGGAAGAGGAGAGGCCUGAGGAGCAGGGAGGAGCUCGGAUCCAGGUCGGGCUGGAGGUGUCAAAGAAGGAGUGGAUCGUGUGGCUCGAGCCCACGUCCUUCCAGAAGCAUGUCUACCGCCAGUUCCUCGAUUCCGACGUGGUCCAUGCAGCCCUCAGCAGCUCGCGCUCUCCCCUGGCAGCUCUGACGGUCCUCAAGAAGAUUUGCGAUCAUCCUUACCUCCUGCAGAAGGCUACCGAAGUGAGCUCCCUUGAGGCCCUGCGGGAGGCAGACGAGGAGCAGGAGGCUGAGACUCUGGAGGAGGAUACAUUCUCUGAGCUGAUCGGGGCUGCUGUAGCCUCCAGCAAGAUGCUGUUUGUGCUCCACCUGCUGCAGGAGCUCGAGAGGGGAGGGCACAAGACGCUGGUCUUCAGCCAGUCGUCGAGGAUGCUCCGGCUGCUGCGGUCCUGCACGGACACGCUCAAGAUCAGCUCGCUCUUUCUCGACGGGCAGGUGAACAAGCUGGCGGACAGGGAGAGGAUCGUCAAGAAGUUCAACAGCAAGGAGUCUGUCAAGGUCCUCUUCCUCACGACUGGGGUAGGAGGGGUGGGCCUGACCCUGACGGGAGCGGACCGGGUCAUCAUCUACGAUCCCUCCUGGAAUCCUGCGACUGACGCGCAGGCGGUCGAUCGCGCCUACAGAGUCGGG